AUGGCUUCCAGGACAGGCUCUGAGGUCCCACUGAUGUCUAGGCUCUGUGUUAGAGCUGAAAAUCAUACUGGUCACUCAUGUUUGGUUCUGAUGCUCUUUGUCAUUGUGCUAGUGACUUGUCCUGAAGCUGCUAAGCUCACCGUGGGAUUCCAUGCCCCGUGGAACAUCUCUCAUGCCUUCAGUGUGCAAAGACUGGGGGCAGGCCUCCAGAUAGCUGUGGAUGAACUCAACUCAGAGCCAGUGGGCCUCGGGAACUUGAGCUGGGAGUUCACUUACACCAACUCAGCAUGCAGCAGCAAGGAGUCCCUUGAAGUUUUCAUCGACCAGGUCCAGAGAGCACACAUUCCUGCUCUGUUUGGACCAGCAUGCUCAGAAGCAGCAGAGGUUAUUGGUUUGCUGGCCUCUGAGUGGAACAUCCCCGUCUUCGACUUUGCUGGACAGAUGGCAGCCCUGGAGGACCACUUCUGGUGUGAUACCUGUGUGACCCUCGUGCCACCCAAGCAGGACAUUGGUGCCGUGCUUCGGGAAACCCUAUGGUUCUUGGGCUGGGAAGACAUCGGGCUGUUUGGAGGCUCCUCUGGGGCUUCCUCCAGUGAAGGCGUGGAUGAGCUGUGGAGAGCUGUUGAGGAUGGACUCCAGCUGCAUUUCACCAUCACUGCCAGCAUGAGGUACAGCAACAGCAGCCCAGACCUUCUGCAGGAAAACCUCAGAAGCGUGUCAUCUGUUGCCAGGGUUAUAAUCCUGAUCUGCAGCUCAGAGGAUGCAAAAGGCAUUCUGCAAGCUGCCGAGAACCUGGAACUCAACACUGGAGAAUUCGUUUUCAUCCUUUUACAGCAGCUGGAGGACAGUUUUUGGAAAGAAGUACUGACAAAUGGCACAGUGACAGGCUUCCCCAAAGUCUAUGAGUCAGUGUUUCUCAUCGCCCCCAGCUCCUAUGGAGAAGGCCCUGGUGAUGAUGACUUCCGGAAACAAGUCUACCAAAGGCUGAGGAGGCCGCCCUUCCAUAGCUCCAUUGCCUCCGAGGAGCAGGUGAGCCCUUUCUCUGCCUACCUCCAUGAUGCCCUCUUACUCUAUGCUCAGACUGUGGAGGAGAUGAUCAAGGCUGAGAAAGACUUCUGGGAUGGGCGGCAGCUGAUUGACACCCUAAGGGCUGGCCAGAUCACACUGCAGGGAAUCACUGGCCCUGUGCUUUUGGACUCCCAGGGGAAAAGGCACCUGGAUUACUCAGUCUAUGCUCUACAGAAAUCUGGAAACAGAUCCGUUUUUCUUCCUAUUCUUCUUUAUGACAGUUUUCAGAAAGUGAUCAGACCCUGGAGGAAUGUCUCAAACAUCUCUUGGCGCCAUGGCUCCCUUCCUGAAGACAGACCCAGCUGUGGAGUUCACAACAAGCUUUGCAAACCUGAGCCUUCUCCUGUAGCAGGUAUGACCACACCUGCUGUGAUUCUCACAGCCACACUUCUGGCUCUUGCCUCAGUAGCUGCCAUUGUAGGUCUGGUGUUACAGAUGCUGAGAGGAAAAGUACAGAGCCAUCAUGGAAACACCUGGUGGCAGAUUCAUUACGACAGCAUCACUGUUCUGCCCCAGCACAAGCUGUCCCAACGAGGCACACCUGUGUCAAGAUACAACAUUAGUAAUGCGUCUACUGUGAAUAUUUCUGCAGAUUAUAGCUCCUUUGCCAAGAGCCAACGGGGUGAAGAGAUGUUUUAUGCUCCUGUGGGGCUUUACCAGGGAAAUCGCGUGGCCCUCUGCUAUAUGGAUGACGGAGCAGAAGCACGGCUUAAGGAGCCAACUGUGCUUCAGGAAGUCUGGCUGAUGUGUGAAUUAAAGCAUGAAAACAUCGUCCCCUUCUUUGGCGUUUGCACAGAACCACCUAACAUCUGCAUUGUCACCCAGUAUUGCAAAAAAGGAAGUCUCAAGGAUGUUUUGAGAAACUCCGAUUAUGAGAUGGACUGGAUAUUCAAGCUCUCAUUUGCAUAUGACAUAGUCAAUGGCAUGCUUUUCCUCCACGGGAGCCCGCUGAGGUCUCAUGGCAACUUGAAACCUUCCAACUGCCUGGUAGAUGGUCGUAUGCAAGUGAAGCUGUCGGGAUUUGGGUUGUGGGAGUUCAAGCAUGGCUGCACACACAGGAUCUACAACCGGAAGACCACCAACCAUUCAGAACUCUACUGGACAGCCCCAGAGCUGUUGCGGCUUCAGGAGCUGCCCUGGUCUGGCACCCCACAAGGAGAUGUUUUCAGUUUUGCUGUUCUCAUGAGGGACUUGAUCCACCAGCAAGCCCAUGGGCCCUUUGAUGACCUUGAGGAGGCUCCUGAAGAAAUCAUCAGCCGCAUCAAAGACCCCAGGGCACCAGUUCCACUUCGACCAUCCCUGUUGGGGGAUAAAGGUGAUGAAAAGAUCGUCGCCCUGGUGAGGGCCUGCUGGGAUGAGUCUCCCGAGCAAAGGCCCACCUUCCCUUCCAUCAAGAAGACGUUACAAGAAGCCAGUCCCAGAGGCCAUGUGAGCAUCUUGGAUAGCAUGAUGGGCAAGCUGGAAAUGUAUGCCAAUCAUCUGGAGGAAGUGGUGGAAGAGCGGACCUGCCAGCUGGUGACAGAGAAGAGGAAGGUUGAGAAACUCCUGUCCACCAUGUUGCCAAGCUUCGUUGGUGAGCAGCUCAUGGCUGGAAAGUCUGUGGAACCAGAGCAUUUCGAGUCUGUCACCAUAUUUUUCUCUGACAUUGUGGGAUUCACAAAAUUGUGCUCUCUCAGCUCCCCCUUGCAAGUGGUGAAACUCCUCAAUGACCUGUACAGUUUGUUCGACUACACAAUACAAACCCACGAUGUGUACAAGGUUGAAACCAUCGGUGAUGCAUACAUGGUGGCCAGCGGGCUUCCCAUUCGCAAUGGAGCUCAACAUGCAGCCGAGAUUGCCACCAUGUCCUUGCAUUUACUCAGUGCCACCACCCACUUUCAUAUUGGGCACAUGCCCGAGGAGAGACUCAAGCUCCGGAUAGGCCUCCACACAGGUCCUGUGGUAGCCGGUGUGGUGGGAAUCACCAUGCCCAGAUACUGUCUGUUUGGAGACACUGUGAACAUGGCAUCCAGAAUGGAAAGCAGCAGUUUACCUCUCCGGAUCCAUGUUUCUCAGAGCACUGCAGGAGCUCUUCUAGCAGCCGGAGGGUACCAUCUGCAAAAGAGAGGCACCAUUGCAGUCAAGGGCAAGGGAGAACAGACGACCUUCUGGUUGACAGGCAAAGAUGGCUUCACUGUCCUGCUCCCCGAGUUUACCGAGGAGGAAGAAGCUAAAGGUCCAGAAAUCUUGUGAGAAGAGGGAAAGAGGAAGAUAAAGCCUGGGCAAAAAUGCACCCGACCUUUCUCUUGCAAGGCAGCUAACCAGCUUAGAAAAAACUAGGAGUCCCUCCUCCCCCUCAGCAUGAGCUCAAGACAGAAACAAUCCCACGUGAGCACCCAGGCCCUGAAGCUUGUGCCUGGCGGUUACAGAGGAAGACUCACUGUGAACUAAAUGGCCUAGUUCUCAACUCUGUGAGUGCAAUGGAUAAUAUCCUGUUAUUGCCUGUUUUUCCUACACACCAAAUUACAACUCUGGACCAAGCAGCAUCUCUGGAAACCAAGACUUGAAUUUUAACUGGAAUUUUCCACUCAUUUAUGCACAAAGAGUAUAGUUUAAGAAAUCCAGCUGAGGAAGAUGAGCCUGUCUGGUCCUGUGGUGAUUAUUUUCCCUUUUGCACAAAAAAAUUAAGUUCUGUGUUGAAUUGUUUGGGGAUUAUUUUAAUGGCUCUCCCGACCAACUCUUUGUUACGACACUUCUUUCUUGGCACCUUGUAUCUCCCUAGCUCACGUGGUUGCUAGGUAGUGCAGAGAAUGUUCAGACGAAAUGCUGCUUUUGGACCCUUUUUCUGUUAAAGUUCCCAAGAAUGGAGAAGUGAGAGCAGUUAGAUUUUCUCUGUUGCUGGUGUGUUCUGUGGCUAUAUUUUUGAGUACUGUAUUAGGAAACAAACUACCUUUGAUUUAUUGGGGUGUUUUCAUGCCCAUAUUUACAAAAAUGUUCUGUAUAAUGCUUGCCUUUCUUCAUAACCAAGAAAAGCCCUCCUGGUAUUACCCAUUUCACCCCCCCCACCUCCCCACUCCUCUCCAGCAUUCCCAUCUGCUGAACUUGGUUUCUUCUCAGAGGUGCAUGGCUGAUUUCUCUGACCUUCAGAGACGUCUUUUCCUGGGUAGAGUUCUGACGAGAGGCUCUUCUUCCCCCCAAAGCACUCUGCAUCAAGGGCUGAUGUCUUAGACUGGUACUUAGGAGGAGGGGAGGCAGAAGGCAUUCAUGUUAAGGAGUUUCUCCCUUCUCCUCCAGCAUGGAGACAAUGGACCAGAGCGCAUCUUCUCAGGCUUUCGACCUUCUUCCCUGGUUGAGCAGCAUGGGUUCCUAAACACUUUGCUCCAUCAUGAAAGAAAACAAACUAUAAUCUCUUGUGUAGUUCUUAGAUUGAUAGGUCAGGCUCUUUACAGCCAUCCAUCCAUCUAUUCACCCACCCAUAUGUUCAACCAUCCAUCCAUCCAUCCAUCCAUCCAUCCAUCCAUCCAUCCAUCCAUCCAUCCAUCCAUCUAUUCAUCCAUCCAUGCAUGCAUCUUUCCAUGCAUCCAUCCAUCCAUGCAUCCAUCCAUCCACCUACUAAACUAUCUAUCUGUCUACCAAUCUGAUAUCUAUCCACCUGACUAUUCCCCAACUCAUCCAUCUGAGAAUUUCAUGAACUCAAGGACCAUGUGUUAAGUUUUCACUCUGCUAGCUGCCAUGCUGGGAGUAUAAGAGAAUAUGAAACUUUCAUCUUUAUCUUACAGUUUAGUUGGAAGGAGACAAUUUUAACAUACAGCAAUGCAACAUUAGGGACUAGUAGAGCUAUAAACAAAAACUGAAGUAACCAAAUAAUCUAAUAUUGUUAUAGUAAAAGGGCAUUAGAAAAUGCUAUUCAGUUCCAGAGAUGGGGUUGAAUGAGGUAAUUGUCUAUUGUUCCAUCUUUGUUUUUGUAUCAGUGAUGUACAUUUGCUUCUAGUCCAUCUACUUACCUAAUCAUAUUCAUAUAAUAAAGACUUUGUUAAAUCUG